GCAACAGUCCACACUUCACUCGAAUAAGGUGUCAACAUUUAUUUGGUUUUCAAAAAAGAUGUGUGGUACAGCCUGGUCUAAAAGCUGAGCCUUUUUUCAAGACUCUCACUGCCGUGUUUACUCAAAAGUAGGUCGCAGUGGAAUCUUUGAGGUAGUCGAAUGAUGACAGUGGAGUAGAACAACAACAACGACGGGUUAGAACUACAGCUGUAUAGUACAGGCUAUUAAGGGAUAGGUGUGUGUGUGUUGGUGUGUUGGAGAAUGCUGAUACUGGGCAGGGUAAAGCAUGGAAAACAGUCAGACAGGUGAUAGAGGCUAUGUGUGUACUCUGUCAACUGAACUGGUGGCCAAGGCUGAACGGGAACUGAACGAAAAGGCUGAAUGGAGAAGUCGUGAUAUACAGGCUCUUAGAGAUAUGGUCAUCAAGCAUGGAGGAUUGACAAUCAGAACUGACGAUGCAUUUCUACUCCGAUUUCUCCGAGCACGCAAGUUUGACUAUGACAGAGCAUUGAAACUUUUAGUGAACCACUACAAAGUGAAGCGUGACAACCCGGAAAUAUUUAACGACCUUCGACCAUCAAGAGUUAAGCAUGUUCUAGAAGACGGGGUGAUAACAGCGCUCAAACAUCGAGACAAACACGGGCGGCAAAUUGUUGUCUUCAGGCCAGGUUUGUGGAACCCUGAGAAGUACAGUCUGAAUGACGUCUUCAGGGCUAACUACCUCACGCUCAGCAAACUGAUAGAGGAUGAAGAAACUCAGGUUAAUGGGUUUGUUUUAUUGGGUGAUUUCAAAGGUGUCAGUUGGCCCCAUGUACGCCAGAUAUCACCGUCAUUUGCUAAGAGGUUCACUCACGUCAUACAGGAGGCAUUCCCGGCCAGAUUCAAGGGACUGCACUACGUCAAUGAACCUGUUGUCUUCAAGCUGAUUUUCUCAGUUAUCCGCCCCUUUCUUAAGGAGAAAACCGUCCAGAGGCUUCAUUUUCACUCCACGAAUUUCCGUAAUCUUCAUAAAUUCCUUGAGGCAGAUGUCCUUCCAGAGGAGUAUGGUGGGCGGUUACCUCCCUUGAAUAGUGACGAUUGGAUGAAGACAUUGUUAUCUUGUGAAGCAGAGUUUGAGAGUGAAUCGCAGUACCAUAUCGAGCGAGUCCAUUCUUCUGAGCAAGAGGGGGACCAUGAAGUUUCUGAGUGUAUAGUCAACUCCUACAGGAAAAUGGCCACAUGAAAGAUCACCCCUACUGCACUAGUAUCUGUCAGGUUGACCUGGUCCAAAAUAGCAGCUGUCAGUCGCCAUGACGUCAUGUAUUGUAAUAAAGCAGGUCUCUGGUGCAUUGUGCAUAACAAGAGGUUACCUUCUAUUUCCUAUGGCUGUGCCUUGUAAGUGUUUGAUCUUGUUGAUGUCAUGCCAGCAUAUUUCUGGUUCUCAUUGCCUGGUUACCAUGGCAUUCUGUAUUGCAUUGAGUAGCCCAUUCUUCACUUGAUAGUACCAUGUAAGUAUGUGGUCUCCAUGGGGUUGUCUAUUAUUAGAGGGUAUCUUCAGGUUCUCUUGACUCAUCUAGCUCUUUGAUCUCUCCUGUAACGUGUUCUCUUGUCUCCAUGGCAUUGGGUAUUGUAAAAAAGUAGCCCAUGGUUCCUAGAUAGUGGCAGGGGAUUGUUUGGUCUCCAUGAGGUUGUGUAUAAUAAGAGAGUAACCUCUGGUUCCCAUAGCAAUGCUAUGUACUUGCUUGGUCUCCAUGAGGUUGUGUAUAAUAAGAGAGUAACCUCUGGUUCCCUUAACAAUGCUAUGUUCCAGUUUGGUCUCCAUGAGGUUGUGUAUAAUAAGAGAGUAACCUCUGGUUCCCAUAGCAAUGCUAUGUUCCCGUUUGGUCUCCAUGAGGUUGUGUAUAAUAAGAGAGUAACCUCUGGUUCCCAUAGCAAUGCUAUGUACCCGUUUGGUCUCCAUGAGGUUGUGUAUAAUAAGGGAGUAACCUCUGGUUCCCAUAGCAAUGCUAUGUACCGUUUGGUCUCAGUUUUGUGUUCCCUGACAUAGUCAGUAUUAGACUCUCAGGCCUAAGUCCCCGUCCCAUUGAAGACACUCCCACAUACGGUAGGGCUAAUUAAAUUGGGGCAGGUAGGGAUCGAGUAGAGAGGGAGGGUAAUAGAACAGCUGGUUCUAUGUCUUUAACAUGAAGCACAAGAACUCUCCAAUGUGGUCUAUGCGAGUUCAAGCCCAACUUACGCUGACUUCCUCUCCUGUACAGGGAAAGGUCUGAGAGAAACCCUCAGAUGGGCGUGGGUUUCGUCUGUGCUCUACUUGGUGUCCUCUCACCAUAGUGUUAGCUGUCAUCGUUAGAGUGAAAUAUUCUCGAGUAAAACACCAGUCAGAUAAAUUUAUGUGAAUAGAUUGCUGAGACUUGAUUCGGCAUACACUUCAAUCUUUGCUGAAAAAGGGAAAAACUGCUGGGUUACAUUGGUUUUGUAGUUAAAAUGAUAUGGAUUUCAGUUGAACUGUUAUCACUGUAAUGAAUAGAUGAUGGGAAAAGAAAAACUACUUUAUUAAUAGUGUCAUUGGUACCAUAGAUGAAAUGCUAUUUGUUGAAACAGAAUUUCAAUUGAUCUGUUAUCAUUGUAAUGAAGUAAUGAUGUACAGAUAGUUUGUCACUUUUAUAUAUCAGUAUAUAAUCAGU